AUGCGCGCUGGAGCGCUUAGCUUGGUUGCGUUCACACUGGCGACGAUUUUAUCAAUUCGACCCAUCAGGAACAUCGCGUUUGAAUUUUUCCUCAUCUCCCACAUUGUCCUCAUCGUGAUUUUCCUAGUUGCGGGCUAUUACCACGCCCAGAUCGGAAACUAUGGGUCCUACAUCUGGCCUGCCCUCUUUGUUUGGGGCCUCGACCGCUUCAUCCGACUCGCUCGUGUUAUUUGGAACAACAGUACAUUCAGUCGUAAACGCGACCCAACACAGUCUCUCGCCACUGUUGAGCUCCUGUCUGAAGAUUCUAUUCUCAUGUCUCUCAAACGGCGCGACUUCUCUUGGUCCCCAGGCCAACAUGCCUAUGUCAUUCUCCCCACCGUUAGCAACCUCCCGCUCGAAUCCCACCCAUUUACCAUCGCCAGCAUUGCCGACAAGGUUGACGGGACACAGCGCAACGGGGAGGACCGGGAUGUGGUCUUUUUGGUGAAAGGCUGCAAUGGAUUCACAAAACGGCUCAGGGACCACGCGAGUACUCACGCCACGGGUACGGUCUCUGCGUAUCUGGAUGGCCCCUAUGGAUGCCCACCCGAUUUGCGCAUAUUCUCCACUUGUAUCUUCGUCGCAGGCGGCUCGGGCGUUUCAUACACUCUCCCUCUUUUUUUGAAUCUCAUUCGCGAAAACGCACGAGGAGGCAGGUCGUCUGUUCGCCGGAUUCUCUUUAUAUGGGCUCUUCGGGAUGAAAAUUACCUACCGUGGUUCUCGAAAAUAUUGACUGAAGCUUUACCCCAUGCCAAAAGCUCUUUAUCCAUCGAUUCCCGUGUUUAUCUCACUGCGCGGCCCAUCGACACUAGUUCUUCUAGCGCAUCAACCGUGUCGGAGAAGACUGAUUUCGCUGUCAAAACCACAACUCUGCACUCGCCCGUCGACUAUCACCCCUCCAUCAAGCUAAUCCCUGGCCGCCCUGAUAUUCGUCGUGUGCUCCACGAUGAAAUAUCCGCAUGCACCGAUGGAGGGUCGUUAUCAGUUGAUGUCGCUGGCCCUGCGGGUUUGACGGCAGCUGUGCGUCGCGCUCUUAGCUCCGAUGCUGCUGGACCUCGAGCGGUUUUAAAAGGACUACCAGCCGUCACCCUUCACGUUGAAAAGUUUGGCAUGUCUACCUAA